AUGAGCGCCGCAACCGUCGCCGCUGACGAGCCGCAGGGCACGAUCACGAUCGAAGUGCCAGAGCAUGUGCUGAAGAAGAUGCGCAAACAGGUUUUCAAGGCCGUUGACGUCCGCAACGUGCGCGGCCUCUCUCAGUUCUUCGGUCUCGGCGAAGAGAAACCGUUCAAUGUACCGGGACGUGAGGUGCUGGCCGUGAGGUGCCGGAAGAACGCCGUGUUCUUCAGCGCCAACUACGCGAUCUCUGCGGCGCUGGUUGGCGUCGUCACGAUCUUGCUGAACCCGUUCUUUUUGUUCGUCCUCAUCUGUCUGGGCGGUUUCUGGCUCUACAUGACAAGCGCGACAGCGAGCGAGACGCCUGAGAACCCGACCAAGAUCAUGGGUCGCACUGUGACACCUGACCAGCGGAAACUCGGCAUGCUUGGCGUGAGCGCGGCAGUUGUAGUUCUCUUUGGAGGCUCUAUUUUGUUCACGAUCUGCUCGGCCAGCGGUGCUCUCGCCAUGUCGCAUGCAAUUCUGCGCGACUGCCCGACUAUUUGCGAGGAAGACGAGCUGGGCUUUUUGUCGAGUGACGCUGACCAGAUUGCGGACACUGUGUAA